UCCCACAAUCCUGUGCGAGUUACAUCCAAAAUGGCGCAGAUCUGUUCAAGGUGGCUCCGAGGAGGGCGUGUAGUGGGUCUGGGUUUUCAAGCAGCUCGUCCUUUUUCAGUCAGUUGUACGAGCAGGACUUACCGAUAUGUGACAAAGGAGGAACAUGACACCCCUUUGGAUAUGCAGACAUCAACUGACAGGAAUGCCACCACAUUGUUUUUCGGCGAGCUUUUACGAGGUCUUGCAAUGACACUAAGCAAGCUAUUCCAGGAGCCUGCAACAAUUAACUAUCCUUUUGAAAAGGGUCCUCUAAGUCCUAGGUUCCGGGGGGAACAUGCUCUGCGACGGUACCCCUCUGGGGAAGAGAGAUGCAUCGCAUGCAAGCUCUGUGAGGCCAUUUGUCCUGCUCAGGCUAUCACCAUUGAGGCAGAAGAGAGGUCUGAUGGUAGCCGUCGGACAACUCGUUAUGAUAUUGAUAUGACCAAGUGUAUUUACUGUGGGUUUUGCCAGGAAGCCUGCCCAGUUGAUGCUAUAGUGGAGGGUCCGAAUUUUGAGUUUGCAACAGAAACCCACGAGGAGCUCCUGUAUAACAAAGAAAAACUCCUCAACAACGGAGACAGAUGGGAAGCAGAGAUAGCCGCCAACUUACAGGCAGACUUUUUGUACAGAUGAGAUUAUUAUAAACCCUUAAUUGGCUUUCUUAUCUAGUAGUGAAUGUUUGCUUUAAGAACUAUGUAAUAAUAUUUGUCUUCCGUUUACCUUUUCUUCAAGCACUAAAUAAACUGGAAAAGUGA